UUCUAGAAGAUAUUUACAGGUAAACCAACGAAGAUCCAGUGAAUGAAAAGCGUAGAAUAAUACGGGAAGAUUCGUUGAAUGUCGAGUAACGAGGGCAGCCGAAAAAGCAACAUAGUAUUUAAGAAAAAUGCAAGAGUUCCGUGCAACUGUGGAUGGGAGGUGAGAUUCGGUUAUGGUGUCGCGGUUACCCUGGCCAUCUUCGAGGCAAAACGGUUUUUCAUGUUGAUCCUGGAGAUAUUCGCCGAAUGGCAGAUCAUUCGAUUCGCUGGUGGUCUGCGACCAGUCGUAUUUACCUUGACGAACGUCAGCUUGGGUCUGCCGACUGCUCUGAUCACGGUCCGUAAUAUACGGAAACGAAAGAUACCACAUUGUUGCGCGAAAAAAAGACGAACACUGCAAUGCCUGCUUAUAGUGAUUGCGAUAUGCGCCAUAAUGAACGCUGCCACCAUAGUCUCCAUAGGAUAUCACAUAAGCGUCAGGCAGGAGACAUUGAUCGAUAUUUUCAACAAUUCGAUGCACUUGUACGCGAGUACAGCAUCGCACAAGUACGCGAUCGACGAGAUACAGUUCAUCUUUCAGUGCUGCGGUCAUUCCUCUUACGCAGAUUGGUUCCUCUUUGACUGGCAGGUGAAUCCACCAUUCAAAAAGGGGUGUGGAUUAUGCCUCGCGAGAGGAAAUGGCAAUUCACAGUCCGAUAUCUGACGAAGAAUAUAGGGAUAAAAGUGUCCCGUUUAGCUGCUGCAAUUUACAUGCAAUGUCACCGUGCGAGCACACGCAAAUAUCGGAAAACGAUUUCAGAACUAUAAACAUGAAUGGUUGUGUCGAAGUCAUGAGUCCUGUUAUUCUCAGGAUCGUGAUCGUGGCCUAUGUCAUGACCAGCACAUUGGUGAUCAUUCAGUUUUUUUUAGCUUUUUUAAUCUCAAAGAUGAUACGGAAACUUUUAUGCGGAACGUGUCGCAUGUAUCAUUUUCCCAAGUCCUUUGCCAAUGAGUCUACCAGCGCGUCGUUGGAUAGCUCAAGUUCAGAGACGGAAAGACGCUCAAGCACAUCCUCUUCGAACUGGGAAUCACGGCAUGCGAAGAAACGCGAUAAACGUAAACGAAUCGAUAAACAAGUGUCGACAAAAAGCACUUCUUUUAAACGUAAAGACAGCAUGAAAAGGGAUUUGAACACCUCUUCUUCACCGUUCGAUUCUUCGCCAAAAAGUGGGAAACGUGGUACUCGUUUUAGUAAGAUUUUCGGUGCCGCCAAGAUCAAACCGAGCACCCACGAGCAACACACGAUAUGCAAAAAACGAAUGUACGACGAUGAAACGCGUUGACAAAUUUACUAUUCACAUGUUUAUCCCAUCCGUGUAAAUCAUAUCGCGUCACAAAGGAUAUUUUACGACCGUUUAGAUGGAUUUAUUAAGAUUUAUUAAGAAAAAAAAAAGCAUUGACAAGUCGAAACAGGCACGAAUUUUGGACAAAGAAGACGUUCAAGAACAAAGAAUCGAGAAGAUAAAUGUAAAGAUCGUUUCUUGGAGGAACAGCUGGCAAACACUCUAAGAGAGAGACUUGAUCUUCGAGCAGGUAAAAGCUCGACUUUAAAGAAUAUUCGAAGCCUCGAGGGAAUUCGAGAAGAGAGAUGAGAUUUUUUUUUCCGUGGAAAGAAACACCUUCUGAAAAGAAACGCAAAAACACAUGACAUGUGAUAAAGGUGUGGAGGUGACGCUAAGCAAGGCUAAGUAAGCGUCUUUGAUAAUAAUGAAACACAAAUUAUAAUGAUCAGAGAAGUUAGCGAGGGAAAACCGCGUUCGUAGUGGGGAUCGACAAAUCUUCCGUUUAGUAAUUCAAGAUCGUUCACUGGAGUGCAGUAUGACUCAAAGCACUGUGGAAGACGCAUUGAUAAACCUAAGUUGCACAUAAGGCAAGAUAUUACUUCGUAUCUUUAUCGAAACGAUUUGUCGCAGGUUUGUAAAGUUCUGUCUCGCAGAUUUUACAGAUGUAAUAUUUAACAUAAGCUAUAGUUUGGUAAGACGUAGGCAAUAUUGUAUAAGUGUACGGUUAGACUAUGAAUAAUGUAAAUGUAUAAAGUUAUCGCUAUCGCUACGGAGAAUCGUAUCGAUUUUUGAAAUUUUUGAAAUCAAUCUGAAAUCGUUACACAUAAACAUGAUUCUCAGAAUUAAUGUUGUUUUCACAUUUCUGCGAUAAAAAAUUAAAUCGAGUUUAUCAUUUCCGAAAUGCAUUGGAUAAUAUUCUUUUAUUCUAAAUCUUAAUAUUUGAGAUAUAAUCUACUUGCAAAAUAAUAAUACUUCCUAAUGUAAAUGAAAGUAUCAAAAUAUAUGUAUUUUACGACAUUAAGAUGUAAAUAACAUUAUAAAUAUUCGAAUAAAAGUCAAAAAUCUUAAAUUUUAUUAGUUUCUUUUUCAUAUAAGCGCGCGAAAUUGGAAGUAAUCCCCACUCUUUGUCACACAUGCGAUCGGUAAAUUUCGUAAACAUUCGUGCGUUGUACUUCGGUCCCCACUACUAGUGAUCGUGAGUCUUCGUCCCCUUCGGGUUCAUUCGGAUUACCAAGCGCGCGUUCGCUUAGUUCACUUAGUUCAGUCGAGAAGCGUUUGCGUGUCAGAAGACAUCGUACUUGUUACAAUCUUUAUUAAUAAUCGCCACUUUGUCGAUAUCGUAGCAUGUGCCCACCAGUUCACAGUCACGUAUACGUUUACCUGCCGCAUCACCAACCCCACAAUAAACUUGUCUCUUACGGCUACCGUUAGGGUUGCUGUGACAUCAUAUCUAGUCGUGUCCUUUCCUCUUAGAAAAAACCGGUAACGCCAUUGUAAGGUCUGCAAGUUUUCCUUUCGUUCUCUCGUUAAAGAAUGUAUAUUCAGCUGUAGCUUAAACGAAGAAUCUCUAUUGGUGUGCAGUGAUAGUAUGAUUUUUUUUUGGAUAUUUUAGUGAAUUCGGAAUCGCGGUUGUAUUAGGUGGAUGAGUUCGCACGUGGUAAAUGGCAGUGUGCACGAGCAUCACAACCUCAAGCCACAUAUUUUCCGUCCAUAGUGGUGCUAUUUGAUCGAACGUAAACGACGAAGAUCAAGAAAAAGAAGAAGAAAUAAUACGAAAAAACAACACGCGCGAAAAAGAAGCAAUCGAGUGAACGGAACAGAAAGAUCGGGGACAAGAUACGAAAUUGCGAGAGCAGCCGAAGUCUGUGUAACGAAGAAGGAAAAA